AUGACCCAGGCGGAAGAGGUUCUGGAGGUGAAGAAUCUCUACCACAGCAACGUACCGGACGAGCAGCACCCGCCGAACCACGGCGAAAAAGAGCAUCAGCCACCGACCAACAACGAGUCGAACAAUCACAACCACCCGGUACGAUCGGAGAAGAUCGCGGUAACAAACGGUGAACACGCCGAUAAUGCGGCCGGCCAUGUUACCACCGACGGUGCCUCUUUCAUCCGCGCCAGUGGCGACGCGACCAAACAGACCCAGUGGCACCCGCACGUGUACGCAAACCCACCGAAACAGCCGCCGACGCCGCACUCUAUAAUGGACAUCCUGGGAUGGAAAGGGACGGCGCGGGCGAAGUGUAGUGCCGAGGGUAGUCCGCAGGCUGGCGGUGUUCUGCAGGAAAAUCACACCAAACCUUACGGCAGUGUUUUUGACGAGGCGUCAACGAAGGAUGAUGCUGGCGGUCAUGACGUUUCUUCGUUUUACUACCGGCCGACUGAUGUGGAGAAGCGGCAGGUGGUAGAGGACGAGGAUAUUACGGUGGAUCGGGACGAGGACAGCGAGGAGGAGAUAGAGGGAAAGGGAAUGAAUGUUGAUCGUUCGCGACCGAUGAGCCCUAACGAUGAACCGCUCAAUCUGUGCAUAUCAAAACCACCGGUGGAGUUCAGUGUGGCAGCACUAGCAUCAACGGACGUAGCGAUUUCUGUGGGAAGGAACACGCCCAGUGUGGGUCGCAGUUCGUUGGAUCGACUGCACGAGCGGAAAAUCACAUCCGAGGAAGAUUCCACCCAAGAGUCAACACGGUCCUCCUCGGUGCAUUAUCAUCAGCGACACACGACAGCACUUUCUGUCGCCACCCAUCAGCAACGCCCGCGCAGUGUUGCACCCCUGCCAGCGUUAGCGCACUCGAGCGACGCAGACUCAGACAUCUGCAUGUCGAACGAUGACUCCUCCACUGCCGACGGUCACUUUAGCGCGGUCAGUGAUACUGUUGCCUCGGCCACCAUGACCAUGUCGACGCUUUUUUCACUUCCCAAACCGGCCGGUGGAUCAACCGGCCCCGUGAACGGUGGUGGAACGGGGGCGGCACUGGGCGAGGAGGAAUCGGCCAGUAUCGCUAGUCACCACAGGCGCAAGAAAAAGGCACGCACCACGUUCACGGGGCGUCAGAUUUUCGAGCUGGAGAAACAGUUUGAGGUUAAGAAGUAUUUGUCGUCUAACGAGCGGACGGAGAUGGCGAAGCUGUUGAACGUCACGGAAACACAGGUUAAAAUAUGGUUUCAAAACCGUCGCACCAAGUGGAAAAAGCAGGAUAGUGCGGGUGGAGGAGUAGUCGGUGCUACCACCGGUACUGGGGACGUACCAACUGCCACCGUCAUCUCCUCCACCUCCCAUACGUCCCAUACGCCAAAGGAUGUUGCCAAAGCCGGUGGUGGACGGAUCGCGAACGUUGGUACCAAAUCAACCGCCACGGAACAGCCAACCAAAUCACCGUGGAUAAGCGAGCUGGAAAGUUUGCAGGAGCAGCAGCAACCAGCGCCACCGCUGCCGUCAAUAAAAUCACGUCCGUACCCAAAAACCGCUGGCGGUACCGCUGUAAAAAAGGGCUCCGCCGGGAGCGAACAGCAGAGACGCGGUGCGAGCAAACAGCUCGAGCGCCACCUAGCGGUGGCGGCUGGUAGCAUCGAGCGUCGUAGCAACAGCAGCAGCAAUAGCAGUAGCCGAAGCAAUAGCACCCCUGUUGAGCACACCCACCCACAGAUGGCGCAAUCGGCAUGA